AUUACAUUUUUUUAUUUUAUUUUCUCUCUCUUUCUCUCAUUCGAUUUCGAUUCAUAUUUCGCUGAAUUCGAUUAUUGGAUUUCUCCCAAACCCUUCAAAUUUGUAAUUGUGGGCGAAGGAAGAACGAUGGUGUUGGUGCCGCUACUUGCUUUGCUUCUUGUCGCUUUUAUUCCAAAUGGGUUGUUGGCAAAUCCUUCCACUCUCCCUGCAUUCCUUUGGUCAUCUCAUUAUAAUCUGGUUUCCGACAAUGGAUUGAAGGAAUCUGUAAAUUAUCAGGUCAUUUCUCCAAAAGAUCUAGCAAAGUCUGUUUUAUCUGAAGCUGGCUGGUCAAAUUUUCUGUGCAAAGGAAAGAAAUUGCAGGAGCCUCUGGAUCUGGCACUUUUAUUCGUUGGUGGAGAGUUACAAUCUUCCGAUUUGAGUGCAAACAAACAUGCAGACUCAGCUCUUUUAGACUUGCUUAAGAUGUCUUUCACCACAUCCAACACUUCCAUGGCAUUUCCCUAUGUUUCUGCAUCCGAGGAUGGCAAUUUGGAAAACUUGUUGGUUUCAGGAUUUGCUGAAGCAUGUGGAGAUGAUUUAGGAAUUGGCAAUAUUGCUUUCCUUGGAUCUUGCUCCAUGGAUGACACAAAUCGUGAAGAAAUUGCAGCUUUGCACUCACUUCAGGACUAUUUGACCAAGAGGAUGGAAGAGAGUCACAGAGGGAAAACCGAUUUGAUUGUGUUUUGCAAUGGAGGCUCUCAAGCUUUAAAAAAUGUUGUCAGGACACAGUCUGAAGGUGAAGUUUUAUCCAAGCUUAUCAGUUCUGUGGAGGAAUCUGGGGCAAAAUAUGCAGUUCUUUAUGUGUCAGAUCCCUCCAGGUCAAUUCAGUAUCCUUCUUACAGGGAACUGCAAAGGUUUCUAGCAGAAAGUGCAACAGGGAAUGGAUCGACCAAUUUCACAAUUUGUGAUUCAGUCUGCCAGUUUAAAUCAUCUCUUCUGGAGGGAGUUUUAGUGGGGAUAGUUUUGCUAAUAAUUUUGAUAUCGGGCCUUUGCUGUAUGAUGGGAAUUGACACCCCAACAAGAUUUGAGACGCCACAAGAGUCAUGAUCCGUUUGUUGAAGCUAAUAAUAGUUGUGAUGCUGGGUCUACUGUAUUAAAUUAUUACUGCUAUAUUAUUUGCGUAUUUUGACGGUGGCUCUGAUGAGUUUCCUGUAGUUGUUGACUUAUUUCAGGGACUUAUCACGUUGAAUAUCAAAAUAAUUUGUACCAGUAUAGAAAAGUAAAAAUUUCAAUCGUAGGUUUUAAUUUUGA